CACUUUUCACGAACUGAUGGUGCUUAAGAGAAAGCUGAAUGAAUGGAACCUGUAGUUGAGACAGGAAGCUUGUACUUCAUGUUUUUAUGCUUGCUGCAAUAAGCAAAAAAAUAUCUGCCCCUGAAGUGCCCUGGGAUCAUUGGAGCAGAGUGCACUGUGGAGCAACUACUUGUGCUUUGAAGCAGUUGGGACACCAUGAUGGAUAACCGCUUUGCUACAGCUCUAGUAAUUGCUUGCGUACUCAGCCUCAUCUCCACCAUCUAUAUGGCAGCUUCAAUAGGCACAGAUUUCUGGUAUGAGUACCACAACCCAGCUGAGAACAUCAGUGAACUUGGCAAGAUCAUUGUGGACGAAUUCAUCAGCGAUGAUGCAGAUGAGAAGACGUAUACGGAUGCACUUUUCCGAUGCAAUGGCACUGUUGGAUUAUGGCGCAGGUGUAUCACUGUGCCCAAAAACGUACACUGGUACAGCCCACCAGAAAAUGAGAUGACCACAAAGUGCAUCAGUUUUUCCCUCUCUGAUCAAUUCAUGGAAAAGUACAUAGAACCUGGGAACCACAAUAGUGGCACAGACUUGAACCGGACUUACCUUUGGCGUUUGCAGUUCCUCCUGCCCUUUGUCAGUCUAGGCCUGAUGUGCUUUGGGGCUCUGAUAGGGCUUUGUGCUUGUGCCUGUCGCAGCCUAUACCCUGCCAUUGCUACAGGAGUUCUUCAUUUCCUUGCAGGUCUCUGCACGCUGGGUUUGGUUGGCUGCUACGUAGCUGGAAUUGAGCUGCUCCACCAGAAGUUGCCGCUACCUGAUGGCGUGAAGGGUGAAUUUGGCUGGUCCUUCUGCCUGGCCUGUGUCUCAGCUCCUUUGCAGUUCAUGGCAGCUGCCCUCUUCAUUUGGGCUGCCCGCACUAACAGGAAGGAAUUCACAAUCUUGAAAGCAUACCGUGUAGCAUAAAUGGGGUUCUUGGUUCAUGGCCACUUGCCACUUCUUAAUACUUUAUUUUAAUGUUCUAGGCCUCUUUCCCCCACCACCCAUAAUUCUUUUUUAAAUUUUUUUAGACAGGUAUCUGUACUGCAUGCUUCCUGCCAGCUGAGGUUCAAUAGCCUGUGUAUUUUGUGGGCUAACUUACCAAAUCUGAAUGGUUUUCCCCUUGCCAGAAGUCUCCAGAAUUUUAACAGGCUUUUUUUAUUGCAUAUUUUUUUAAGAACACUUUUUUUAUUUAGCUUGUUUGAACAUGGACCUCUUCUUGGUUGAGAGAUAUCCCCCUUCCAAAUUCUACUGUUCAUUGAACUGGACUAUUCCCCAUUUCAGUCUGAUCUGAAAAAAACAGAAGAAGCGCUAUGGGACAGAGGAGGGCUUGGAGCACCAGAGACAUGAGCAAGAGUAAGGACUGCAGAGCAUGAGUUAUACCGGGGUGGGCAAACGCCGGCCCUUGGACUGCAUUAAGCCGGCAGUGGACUCCAGUUCCCAGCAGCCACUGCCCUUGUGGCUGGGGCUGGUUUCCAUGGAGACCCCAGCAGCUGCCAUGCUGUGAUAGUAUGGGGCCAGGGUUUCUGUGGAGACCAACCCCAGCAGCACUGGCAGGCAGCAGCAGUGCCAGCCCCUUUCUGAUGGGGGGGCUGUGUUGCAGGUGGGAGCGGGGUAGGCUCAACUGCCACCGCCUGUGCCGGGUGGGUAGCAGCUGUGGUAUCGCUGGUUACGGGGGGGGCCACAGAGAGUUUGGGGUGGCUAUAUUCCACCCCCCACCAAGCCUCCCCCUAGUGCUGCCCUUGCUGGCAGGGCAUGUGGAAGGGUGGGGAGCUCUCCAGAGUCGGCCUGCUGUAAAGUGGAGUCCGGCUACAGGCCAGAUCUGCCAUUUUGCCUGCUGCUGGGUUAUACUGAAUCAGCACUACAUAUAAUGAGACCCCAUAAGGGCACUGAAGAGAGGUGUACAGAAGUGAGAUGUUGUAGUUACACCAGUGUUGAAAUUCAGUCUUUGUCUCCAGUUCUUGUUAGUUUCCCUUCCUUGCCUCCUAUAACCCAGACUGGUGUAACUGCAGCAGUUUGUUUUGGGUGUGUCUGCACUGCAUGCUACAGCAUUUGGGAGAGAUACCAAAUUGGUCUACACAGAGCUACUGAGGGUAGACUGCUUUCAGUAUCCAAGCUGGUUUUGUAUAGAACUCACUAAAGUAUCUCUUUACUGUGCUGUAGUGUAGAGUUUAGACAAAAACUUGUGGUGCUUUUGCUUGUUGUGAAACAGGGCCCCCCCUUAUUGGGUUGAAGGGAUAGCCCCUUGCAAGUUUGAAUUUCUAAUUUGGUUAAUGUGUGUGUGUGUGUAUGUAUGUGUGUAUGUAAAUAUAUAUAUAUAAAUAAAUGAAUUUAAUGUUUUCUAAAGCUUACUUAUUUAUCCAAUGUAGCACAAAACAGGGUUUUUAAAAAAUGUGCUGCUCUUUUUUCCCCCACCAUCCCCCAAACCUUUUGUUUAAGAGAAAUAAAUCA